ACUUAUCUGAGGUUGGCAACGUUUCAUUGUCAUUCCACCGUAAUUUAACCUCACUUUUUUGAGGGGGGCUCAAAUUAUGUUUCUAGUGCGUCCGGGCGUGUUACAUUUUGCCCGGACAGUCCGACUCUUGUCAAGAAAGCCCCUUGCAAGUCUUACUAAAGUGGAACGUAUCGAUUUCUUGCGCAAAAUGGCUUUACCCAAAAGCCGAGAGAAUCCGGUUAUUUUCAAGUUAGAUACUCCCGAUUUCCAUUCAGUUUUCACAGACGAGUUGAAAACUCUUGCAUCGAUGUUUAAGCAGUACGGUUACGAAAUUCGCAUUGCUGGUGGAGCUGUACGAGAUUUGUUAUCAGGAGUGCGCCCCACUGAUCUGGACUUUGCCACAACUGCGACGCCCGAGCAAAUGAAGGAAAUGUUCACAGCGGAAAAUGUGAGGAUGAUUAAUAUGAAUGGAGAAAAACACGGAACGAUAACGCCGAGAAUUAAUGAUAAGGAAAAUUUUGAGGUGACUACUUUGAGGAUUGAUGUAGUGACGGAUGGAAGGCGUGCUGAGGUGCAGUUUACAACGGAUUGGUUACUGGAUGCGUUGAGGAGGGAUUUGACGAUAAAUUCAAUGUUUCUGGAUUUUGAGGGAGCCGUUUAUGAUUAUUUUUACGGUUAUGAAGAUUUGAAGGCACAUAAGGUUCAAUUCGUAGGGGAUGCUGCGACGAGGAUCAAAGAGGAUUAUUUGAGGAUUUUGAGGUAUUUUCGAUUUUAUGGGAAAAUUUCGCAAGAACCAGAUAAACAUGACGAGGCGACCUUGCAGGCAAUUAGGGAGAAUAAGGAGGGAUUAGGGAAAAUCUCGGGAGAGAGAAUUUGGAUGGAGUUGAGGAAAAUACUAGAAGGCAAUUUCGCCGGUGAUUUAUUAAUUAAAAUAAUAGACUGUGGACUAAGCACUUAUAUAGGGUUACCUGAAAACCCGAAUUUAGAAGAAUUGAAAAAAGUGUGGCAAAACUGUGCCCAUUUAAAAUUACAUCCAGUAACUCUGUUAUCUGCCACUUUGCGGAAUCAAGACGAUGCUGUUGCAUUAAAUUCGAGGCUUAAGCUGUCAGUUUUCGAGCGCGAUUUAGCUCUUUUUAUUACCGAGCAUCGAGCCCCCAAGCCCCACGUGGUACCCUUAAUGCCUUACCAACAAUUAGUUUUAAAAAUUAACAACAAAAAUGUAUUCCAACACGUUAUUGAAGUUUUAAAAUACAUAAACUCUCCACACUUGGAAGAAUUUCAGAACUGGACAAUUCCCAAAUUUCCGGUAACCGGAAAUAUGCUUAAAGAAGUUGGCGUUGAAAGUGGCCGAAAAAUGGGUCUAGUCAUAUCGGAAUUACGAAACUACUGGACAGACCAAGAAUAUAAAAUUUCCGCUGAAGACCUCCUCAAACAAGUACCCAACAUUUUAAAUUUAUUAUCCGAUAAAAAGAAAAAUAAACAAUAGUGUAGA